GCAGGAGUUCCGGGCGUGGACUGGAGUGAAGCCGUCAAGAGCUGCAAGGGCAAAGCCAGCCAGAGUCGCCACCACGCACAGCUCCGGCUGGGCCGGCAGCCCGGGGCCCGGCCUCCAGGUCCCCGAGGUGAGGAAGUUCACACCUAACCCCUCAGCCAUCUUCCAGGCCUCCGCUCCCCGGAUUCUCAACGUGUGACGGCCGGGCGGCUGAGCUGCAGGGUGGGGGCGCCCCGCGGGCUGCGGGCCGGGUGCAGCGGAGCAGGAGGGAACGGCACCCCAGCUCGGCCUCACGUUCGCCUCGGCCCCGGCCGGCCUCCAGUCGGGAAAGCUGCGCAGCCCGAGGAGCAGUUCGCUGGGCUGGCGCAUACGGCCCUCAGGCGGUUUCCCCAGGAUGCAUGACUUUUAGUAAUCUUUUAACCCACGGGCAUGCCAGGUUCUAAAGCGGCCCGCGUCUCCACUGUACAGCUCAGGUCAUCACCUGCACGUGACUCACGGUGAUGCCAACGGACGGUGCAGAGGUCUCCAAGGGAACAGCGUCAAGCACGGGGCCUCCACCUUGCACGGUGUCUCUCUCUAGCCCAGACGACCCUCAUGUUUCAGCACUCCCCUUGGGUGCAUGCGGUCCUGCGGGAAUGCCGCUGCCCCCGCAGUGUGCCCCAUUUAUUACCAGUUUCCCUUCGGCCCCCACACGGGGUAACUGCAGGGGAACGACCACGCGUGCCCACGCUUCCCUGACGGUGGCCUUUGGACAGCACCUGCACCAGCCCUCAGCCGUGCUGCAGCUCACAGGUCGGAUGGGAGCUCAGGGCCCACCGUGGAGGCACAGCCUCUCCUCCAUGGCUGCCUCCGACAGGCCCCGAGCCCGGUGCCCUCUGCCCAGCAGCCUUCUGACGCGAGGGGCCCUGUCCCUUCUUGCAGAGUACAGGCACAAAGCUCAGGACGGGUUUGGGGAAGGAAACCUAGGGAUUUCUGUGGCCCCUCCUUCCUCUAAGCCCUGGGGGUGGCAUCUGGGCUUCAGAACCAGCAUCCCACUCAGGCUGCCUGGGUGUCCCCCCCACCCCCGGGUGCUGGCUCUGGCGGGCCCGCCCCUCCCCCAGCUCGCUGCGUGCCCAGGGCGCCCGGCUCCCGCUGCAGGGUGUUCCAGGCAGCUGCCCCUGGGGCAAGAGCUGUGGCCAGGCCUUCUGUGGGAGUGCAGAUUAACUGUACAAUCUGACUUUACUAAAAUGCAAACACGCACUGUU